UAUCGGAAUAAAUUGAAAACAUCUGUUGUAUUUGUGGAUCUCACAGCAGCAUACGAUACAGUAUGGAGGAAGGGCCUAUUAAGCAAAUUCCUCCACGCUGUCCCCUGUAGGACUAUGGGCCGCCUAAUAAAUAACAUGCUUUCAGCAAGGACCUUUCAAGUCAUCAUGGGUGACAAAAUCAGUAAGCAAAGACACCUGAACAACAGACUCCCUCAGGGCUCCGUGCUGGCCCCAUCUCUAUUUAACUUAUAUGUAGAUUGUAUAUAUAGAGAGAGAUUAUAUACAAUAAUUAGAUAUUGUAGACCCCUUUUUAAAUAGGCUUAAGUCAAUAGAAAAAGUAACAGAAACUCACAGGCAUAACAAGAUUCUUUUUCAGUUAUAUUUCCCUUUCUUUCAGCAUGUUUCCUAAAUGUUAUUUUAGGUCAUUUUUAUUAAUAAUGCAUAUAAACAAUACUCUAAAAUGCAUUGUUUUUUUGCAUAAUUUCCAGUUUUUCUUUUGUAAUAGCAGAGAUUCAACAGUAUCCCACACAUUAGAGUUCUAACUAAAACAAAAGCAGAAAAUUGGAAAGACCUGGGAAUUGCUGUCGGUCACAGUAAUACUGGAACAGGAAGAUCAGUUAUGAUUCUGUAUAAAGCAGUUUCAUAUAUUCACGUUAGUCCAUAGUAACCAUCUCCUUGAUAGUUUUAAGGGACUUUAAUUCUUAUCUCAAGGUUAUGUAAAACAUUCAAGUUUCUUUUUUCUUCUUUGCCUCUCAUGUAACAGGUGACAAAUUCUGUGUUUUAGGAUGAUAAAUCCAGGCCCCGGUAUUCAAAGAAAUCAACCCCUAAUGAUUGAAUGCCACAAAGAUGAUACUGUAUGGCUAUAAAAGUCCCACAGCUUCAAUAAUUUUUACACAGUUGAGCUUCAUUUCAAAGGCUUCAUCAUCACUGGGAAGUGAUAUUCCAGUUUUACAAGAUGGCAAAUGCCCUUAGGGGCUGAAGAAUGAGCUUCUCUUGCAUUAGGCUCAGUAAGAUAUGCUUCCUGCUCUCCGUUAUCACUUGCACAGUUCUCCUUUUGCUAAUUCCCAAAUUCCAAUCCAGCUGGAGAUUUAAGAUCUAUCCUCAGCCACAUCCAUCUCUUGUUUUUAAUACUUUCAACAAGAAGGAUACCCGACUUCAGCAGGUGGAGUUCAAUUCCUCCAAUCCUUUGGAUGCUGAGAUCAACAAUAUAGUGCCCGUAACAAAAGAGAAUCUAUUAGAAAAAUGGAAUCAUCAUGUCACAGACACUGGUGGAUUCCAUCUGAAAGAUAAUGGAAAGAUAAAUGAAAGGCCACACAAUGUGAUACAUAUGGAAUCUGCUGAGGUCUCUGCUAAGGAAAAGUUGGAAUUGAAAGAUAUUUUUAUUGCUGUGAAAACCACAAGGAAAUAUCAUAAAACAAGGCUAAGCUUGCUCUUCCAAACAUGGAUAUCCCAGGCCAAAGGUCAGACAUUUGUAUUCACAGACGGGGAAGAUCGUGAGCUGCAUCGUAGAGCAGGGGAUCAUAUAAUUAAUACCAAUUGCUCAGCUGUUCACACCCGCCAAGCUCUCUGCUGCAAGAUGUCAGUGGAAUAUGAUAAAUUUCUAGAGUCUGGGCAAAAGUGGUUUUGUCAUGUAGACGAUGACAACUAUGUGAAUUUGAAGAGUCUCUUGAGUCUUUUAUCUGCUUUUUCACACAGCCAAGAUAUAUAUAUAGGAAGACCAAGUCUGGACCAUCCAAUUGAAGCAACAGACCAUCUCCGGAAUGAUGGAUCAACCACUACAAAGUUCUGGUUUGCCACAGGUGGUGCUGGAUUUUGCAUCAGCAGAGGCCUGGCCCUCAAGAUGAGCCCAUGGGCUAGCCUUGGCAGCUUCAUCAGCACUGCAGAGAGAAUUCGCCUCCCUGAUGAUUGCACCAUUGGCUACAUCAUUGAGGGGCUCUUGGAAGUGAAACUGUUGCACAGCCCUUUAUUUCACUCUCAUCUGGAAAAUUUACAGCGGCUGCGUGGUAAAGCUGCACUCAGACAAGUUACCUUAAGUUAUGGUGGCCCUGAGAAUAAACGCAAUGUUGUCAGUGUGGGUGAAGUAUUCAGUAUACAACAAGAUCCAACUCGGUUCAAAUCUGUUCACUGCCUCCUCUACCCUGAAACUCUGUGGUGCCCUACCGCAAUAGUGAAAUGACAUCUCCCCUUUCCUGUGAAUCUUUUACGCAGCUUUCUUUAAAUUAAUAGCGAGAGCUAUAUAUCAGAGGAAGAAGAAAGACAAAGCAAGUCCCAGAUAAACCAGCCACUCAUCAAAAUAAUACUUGAGAAAUUUGGUCUGGGGCGCAUUAUAAAUAAUAUCUGCAAUAUUUCUUUUGGAGUCUUAAAUAUAUCUUUGCUGAGCCAUAAUCCUUCCCACAUUGUAUUAGUACAAUUUCAAUAUAAAGCUGCAGUCUGGCACUGUAGCAAUAUGGCUGAUAAAGAGACAUUUAUAGAAAUGUUUGGAGCAAAGCAUAGCUUUUUUGUUAUUAGGACAAGUGUUCUUAUUUGGGAAGGUAGUUAAUUCUGAUUUACCAAUUGUAUUCCUGUGGAACCACAGAAGAAAUGUUAGAAAUGUCAUCUCUUACAGUGAAUAUGAGACAAACCAAUCCCUAGCAACUUCUCUGCUCUGUGCAAUACCAGAACCUCUUUCCUUCAUGGUUUGCUUUCCUUCUUACCUUUUUAGACGUUCUCCACUGUCAGAGUCAAGUCCCAAAUGAUUGGUCUUCAAUAUUUUCUAACCACUAAUUGUUUCAAGAUAUUGAAACAGAUGUUUCAGUUGGCUGGGCCAUCAUCUGAAUCUUACCUAUUAUAUUGCAUCUAGACUUUCUGAUGUGAUGCACCCAACACCCAGUAGAUUGGAUCUUUUGAGAAAAUGAGUAUUAGCAAAUAUAUAUGUAAAAGGAUGGAUCAUGAGAUUUUUUGAGGGUUUUCCACUGGUUCCAUGAGCAACUUAGUCACUUAAUAAAAUAUAUUUCUGAGUCA